AUGGAGUUCGAGAUGGUGAGCCAGCACGGGGCGCUGCUCAAGGUGGGGCUGUUCGUGCUGGUGCAGGCGCUGGUGUACCUCAUCCUCGCCCAGUCCUCCUCCGUCUUCUCCACCACCAAGACCCUCUGCCUCCCCCCGGCGCGCUCCCUCAGCGCCCGCCGCAUGGUCGCGCUGCUCUCUGACCUGCCGCUCGACGGCGAGCCCUCGCCCCGCGUCGGCUUCGUGGAGCCGUCGUCACCCGUGUCCGUGCCCGUGCACGCCCACCAGAAGAAGGAUUAG